GAGAAUGGCUCUCCAUCUAACCAAGCGGAUUCUGAUUCGCAGCACAAAAGUACGACAUGCGAUGGCUAUUAUCCUGACAAUUCAAUUGAAACGGAAGAACAAUCGUUGGAAGAUCUUUUGAAAUGUGAACCUGCUGAGGAACAACAACAGCAGAUGCAGCCAUCGACUAUAGAUCAUGAAAGUCUGCAUGGUACUAUCAAAGCGGAACCAGUGAGUUUCAACUCUUGUAUUGAAGGAGAAACAUUCGCAACAAACUCAAAUACUGGAAAGGAACACGACUUAAGUGACAAGGAUUCGAGCGUUCAAGGAAAAUCAGGAUCUACCGAUAAUCAAUUUGUCGCUGCGGGAUCAAACAUGAUGGAACAAGAUGUCGCGAAAAGGAUUCAGAACGAGCUCGCAGUGAUGCAGGAGACAAUAAGCAUCAUUCUCAAGACACUAUUAAAGGUGGAAGCAAAAGUGGAGGUAAUUUCAAUGAAUCACCAAAGCGUGUUUAGUCCAAUUGAUACGGUUGAACAAUUGGAUGAAUUUGAAAAGCAUGCCAGUAAUGAAAAAUUUAUCACACAGUUUAAGUUUAAAAUCGAACAAUACAAACCGCUCACCCAAGAAAAGGGAAGAAAUGUGUGUUUCCAAAUAGUCGACCAUAUUUUUACGAGGGAAUUACUUACAAAAUUUUCAUGGUCCGGCAACGCUAACCGUGAAAAUGAAAAGAAAAUAGCAUUUAGAAAGUAUAGAAAGACGAUAAACCUAUUCUUCGGUUGUGUUUGGCA